AUGCAAAAUUGCAAAAAGAUUGACACACCUCUGAAUCCGAAUGAGAAGCUGCACCUAUAUGAUAAUUCAGGAGAAAUUGAUCCAGUGAGAAAUCGAAGGAUUGUUGGUGCUCUGCUCUAUCUAACACACACACAUCCCGAUAUAACUCAUGCUGUUUCAAUGGUUUCUCGAUUCAUGCAGUCACCAAGUGUAUUUCACUUUGGUAGUGUGAAGAGAAUUUUGCGAUAUAUCAGUGGAACGAUCAACUAUGGGAUUCAUUACAAGAAGUGUGAAGAAUUCAAAUUAAUUGGCUACUCUGACAGUGAUUGGAGUGGCUCACAGGAUGACCAGAGAAGCACCACCGGCUGGGUGUUCUCACUUGGGUCAGGUGCCAUUGCCUGGUUUUCUAAGAAGCAAGCCAUUACUGCCUUAUCAAGCACUGAAGUAGAGUACAUAUCCUUGACAGCAGCAAUAUGUGAAGCUUUGUGGCUGAGACGUUUACUUGAUGAUCUUGGUGAAAAACAGGUUGUUUCAAGUGUCAUUCAUUGUGACAAUCGCUCUGCGCUCUCUAUUGCCAAAAAUCCAAUCCUCCAUGGUCAGACAAAGCAUAUUGACACUAGGUUUCACUUUAUUCGUGAUCUUGUAAAAGAUGAAGUAAUUUUAGUUAAGCAUUGCAAGACAGAUGAUUAG